AAAAAUUCUUGCAAGGUAGCGCACAGCAGAAACCCAGUUUUUUCCUUUGCGGAAGUAUAAAAAAAACGUGAAUUUCUUUCCAAAUAUAAAAAUUGUGAUUUAAAAAUUAUAUCAUUUUAUGUUAAAUUUCUAAUAUUUAUAUUCAUAAGCAGUUAAAAAGCCAAGAUUCAUCAAUUUAAAUAAUCAAAAAUGAACAAUUUAAGUUUUGGUAAUUCUCAAUUGAGUCGCAACGAAGUCCUGCAAUUGAUCCUUCGUGUGUCGCUUGCAUCCGUUGUUACCUUUUAUUCGGUCAAGUGGAUGAUGAAUCAAUUAGAUCCAACAAGCAAGAAUAAGAAAAAGGCAAAAAUACGUGCCGAAGAACAAUUAAAAAGACUGGGCGAAGGAGAUGGCUUCAAAAUAAACACUCAAAUACUGAGUGACUAUGAACUUAUGAUUGCAUCACAUUUGGUUGUGCCCGAUGACAUUCCAGUUAGCUGGAAAGACAUUGCUGGCUUGGAUAGUGUUAUCCAAGAAUUGAGAGAGUCUGUUGUGUUGCCUGUGAGGCAUAGAGAUUUGUUUAAUCAAUCGAAAUUAUGGGAAGCACCAAAGGGAGUAUUGUUGCAUGGACCACCUGGAUGUGGUAAAACCUUGAUUGCCAAAGCUACCGCAAAGGAAGCUGGCAUGAGAUUCAUUAAUCUGGAUGUUGCUAUACUCACCGACAAAUGGUACGGUGAAUCUCAAAAACUUGCCUCGGCAGUUUUCUCACUUGCUAUCAAACUGCAACCUUGCAUCAUUUUCAUUGACGAAAUCGAUUCAUUUCUACGUAGCCGUAGUUCAAACGAUCAUGAAGCCACCGCCAUGAUGAAAACUCAAUUUAUGAUGCUCUGGGAUGGUCUCAGCACUCGAGCUGGCUCAACUGUUAUCGUCAUGGGUGCAACAAAUCGUCCACAAGAUCUCGAUAAGGCUAUAAUUCGCCGCAUGCCUGCUCAAUUCCACAUUGGCCUGCCAACAGAUACUCAACGUCUGCAAAUUUUAAAACUAAUCCUCAGUUCAGAAAAUAUCAGCAACACUGUGGACUUUAAUCGUUUAGCUAAGCUCACAAAUGGAUUCUCAGGAUCAGAUUUGCGAGAGAUGUGCCGAAAUGCAUCGGUCUACAGAAUGCGCCAAUUUAUGCGCACAAAUGAGAGUGCUCUCAACUCGAUCACCACAGCUCAAGAACUACAAGCUUCAACACCUAACGAAUUGAUAUCAAUAUCAAUGGAAGAUUUAAUGAAGUCAUAUGACAAAUUGAAAGAGUCCAAAAUGCAUACCGGUAGUUUGUUUGUUGAUAGUCGUAUAGAACUUGAUUAGUUGUGUAGCCUAUUUUUUCAUCGAUAUCAAAGAUCGCCUUAAAAGAAAAAGAAAAAGUAUAUCACGAUAAUUUAUUUAUAUAUACGUACAUAUAUAUAUAUAUUUUGUGAAAGAAAAGAGUAUGUAUAUUUAUAUCACCACCAAUCUGUACAAUUCUUUCGUUAAUCAUAAGACAUACAUAACAUAGAGAACAAACUUAAUAUUUUAAUCAGCACAAAGAUGCUUUCGUUGUACUGUUGUUAUCGGCAGAUUAGGACUAAAGCGCAGGACGUACGAGUAUUUGGCAUGCACCAGGGGAGGACUUUUUUUUUUUGAGUGUGUUACUUUUAAGUAAUUUUUGUUUUAAUAUUUAAAAAAAAUCACAAACGAACAACAAUAAUUAAGUUUAAAAAUUUUCAUUCUGAUGAAAGGAAAAAACCAUAAGUUUUUUUUUUUUAGGUAAUCCUUAUACAGCUUAAAGUAUAGAGUAUAAACUAUUCAAUAAAAAAAUGUAUGUAUAUUAUUUACAUUCAAAUGCAGCUUUAAUUCGAAA